CUUAGAUAAGCAGCCAGCUAAACAAACUCCGCAGGAGGUCUCGAUAGGCAAAUUCAUAAGCCUGACCCACCGAGCUAGGUCAAGUCUACCCAGCCCCCAGUUGUCAGUGUUCCCCCUCCCGCGCCCCGGUGGAAAGGGCAGCCUCAGGCAGCGCUGGGCAAGUUCGGACCCCCUCCGCCGACCUCGCGGCGACUCGGUGCCCGAACCGCCGCCUUUAGCUGGACCGCAGCCACACCGGGAAGAGUUCAGUCCCAGGACCGACGGGGCCGGGUCUCCAUCGGCGGCGGCCUUCAGAGGAGCUCGCUCGGGCAACUUGGUCACCCGGUCUCCUGGUCGCGAAGAUGUCGGCCUCCAACGUCAGCUUGCUGCACGAGACCUCCCGGCAGGUCGCGGCCGGAGGGUCUGCAGGUCUUGUAGAAAUUUGCCUGAUGCAUCCUCUCGAUGUGGUGAAAACCAGGUUCCAGGUGCAGAGAAGUGUAACAGACCCACAAAGUUAUAGAACCGUGCGAGGCAGCUUUCAGACAAUCUUCCGAACAGAGGGGUUGUUUGGCUUUUACAAGGGAAUUAUCCCACCCAUUUUAGCUGAAACACCAAAAAGAGCAGUCAAGUUUUCCACCUUUGAGCUGUACAAGAAAUUUCUGGGAUAUAUGUCACUAUCACCAGGGCUGACAUUUCUCAUCGCUGGAUUGGGAUCAGGACUAACAGAAGCUGUCGUGGUUAACCCUUUUGAGGUGGUAAAAGUUGGUUUGCAAGUCAAUCGGAACAUGUUCAACGAGCAACCAUCUACUUUUGCUUAUGCAAGACAAAUCAUUAAGAAGGAAGGCUUGGGGUUCCAGGGCCUCAACAAAGGAUUGACAGCAACUCUGGGACGUCAUGGAAUUUUCAACAUGAUUUAUUUUGGCUUCUACCACAACGUCAAAAAUAUUAUUCCAUCCAGUAAGGAUCCAACCUUGGAGUUUUUGAGAAAAUUUGGGAUUGGUUUUGUCUCAGGGACAAUGGGCUCAGUGUUUAACAUCCCCUUUGAUGUUGCGAAGAGUCGGAUCCAAGGGCCUCAGCCAGUUCCUGGAGAGAUCAAGUACCGAAGCUGCUUCAAAACAAUGGAGAUGAUCUACCGCGAAGAAGGGAUUUUAGCCUUGUACAAAGGCCUGGUCCCUAAGGUGAUGAGACUUGGACCAGGCGGUGGGGUGAUGUUGCUGGUGUAUGAAUACACCUAUGCAUGGCUGCAGGAAAACUGGUGAUGGACUGAGAAGUGCUUUCCUCUUGACAUAGCAGCUCUGCAUCCCCAGGAAGAGAAGACAAGCUAGACACACCCGUUAAGAGGGGAAGACAGCGAGCUCAGGAGCAAAGCCCGUUCCGGUGUUUUAUAUGUUCUUAGACAAAUUGACAUGGUGGUUUGAACCAUAUACAUAACACAAGUCAAAAUUUAAAUACAUUUUAUAAGGAAUUACUUUUGCAUAAGUUAUAUUUUAAAAGAGAAGUAAGAAAAAUGUAAAUACACCAAAACAGCCUUUUAAGAA